AUGGCCAAAGAGUAUACGAAAGAGCAGGAGGACAUAGUCAAGACGAUCCUGUCCAUUGAGAGGACGGACUAUUACAAGAUCCUCCAGUGUGACAAGAAAUCCACGGAAACGGAGCUCAAGAAGUCGUACAGAAAGCUUGCUAUCAAAUGUCACCCGGACAAGAACAAGCAUCCACAGAGUGCCGAGGCGUUCAAGAAACUGGCGAAAGCCUUUGAGGUCCUGGGGGACGACACCAAGAAGAAGAUCUACGACCAGACUGGCUCUGAUCCGGACGCGAGAGGAGGAAUGGGAGGUGGAGGUGGUGGAGCUGGAUUCAAUCCAAACACGGCUUUUGGUGGGGGUAGUCCGUUCGGUGCUGGUUCGCCGUUCGGAGGAGGCCGUCCCUUUGGUGGCCAGGGAAUGUUCGAUGACGAUAUUCUAAACUUUGUGUUUGGAAAUGGGGGUCCAUUUGGGGGAUCUCCAUUUGGUGGAACUCCUGUUUAUACGUUCAAUUUCGGCGGUGGAGGACCCAGGUUUGCACAGGCUGGUGACCCCAGGAUGAGAAGACGACCCGCCCAGGGUGCCAGAGGGGGCCCCGGUGCAACGAACCGUGGUAACGGGGGUGCCCCACCAUUGGAUCAGAACUUAUUGUCACAACUUGUACAGAUGGCUCCACUGUUAUUGGUAGUGGUGGUUCCAUUUUUGCUGAAUCUGUUUAGUGGAGAAAGCUCCACUCGACUGCCCAACUUCAGUUUCGAGGCACAACCCUCUCUAAACGUGCAAAGGUCCACACCCAAACACAACGUUCCAUAUUACAUUGCAGAAAAGGACUUGAAGAGCUACAACGGAAAUGACAAGAAGCUGAACAAACUGGACAGCAUGAUUGAGAAUUACUAUGUGAAAGACCUCAGGACAAGGUGCUCCAGGGAAGAUGCCCACAGAAACAGAUUGAUAGAGGAUAGUUAUGGCUUUUUCUUCACCGAUAAGAAACAGCUGGAAUUUGCAAGGAAUCUGGAACUGCCCAGUUGCAGCAGGCUUCAGGAGAUGAAUUUGUUGUGA